AUGGUGCACCUUUCUUCCGCUCUUGCACUUGGCUUGGUCGGCUUAGCCAGCGUUGUCUCUGCUCAUCCCGGCCAUGAUGUCAAAGCUGAAGCAGCCGAGCGCGCCGCGUUCCUGAAAAACUCUGCUGUUCAUAACAGAGGACUUUCACAGUGCGCUUCGAAACUCAAGGCUCGGGGUCUUGAGGACAAGAAUGUUGUUCGCCGUGAACAUGCGGUGAAGCACAUCCGCAGCCGCCGCGGAUUGAAGAACACUUCCCGUUUUCUCAAGGCUCGCGAUUUGGACACCGAAUUGAGCACCUCUCACAGGUCCAACCUCACCAAUGUCGAUCCGUCGACCGACGCAAGUGUACUCUUCGGCUCUGAGGCGACUUGUAUCUUGGGUCCGGAUGUCACUCAAGGCCCUUACUAUGUCACUGGCGAAUUGAUCCGUGAGAAUGUUGUUGAGACUCAGGAGGGCGUGCCUCUCUACAUGGAUAUCCAGGUUGUUGACACCAAUACUUGCAACCCAUUGCCCAAUGUCUACAUGGACAUUUGGCACUGCAAUUCAACUGGCGUUUACUCAGGCGUUCAAGCCAGCGGAAAUGGUGACUCGUCGGAUGCUUCCAACCUGGACGACACCUUCCUUCGUGGAAUCCAGCCUAGCAACAGCGACGGAGUUGUUCAAUUUGAGUCUAUCUUCCCCGGUCACUAUACCGGUCGUGCUACUCAUAUUCACGUUCUCACCCACUCUGUCAACGAAACAAAUGUUCAAGCAAACGAUACCCUGAAUGGUCUUUACACCGCCAAGUCCUCCCAUGUUGGCCAGCUAUUCUUCGACCAGGACUUGAUUACUACCGUUGAAAAUGUCUCACCAUACUCGGCUAACACCCAGGACGUCACCACCAAUUCCGACGACAGCAUUCUUUCUGAGGAAGCUGCAACCAUUGACCCCUUCAUGGAGUACGUCCUCCUCGGUGAUGACGUCUCGGACGGUAUAUUUGCCUGGAUUACGGUUGGAAUCGAUGCUACCGAGGAUACCGAUAUCACUCCUGCUGCCUACUACACUGAGGAGGGUGGUGUUGAGAAUGAGAACUCUGGCAUGGGUGGUGGCAGUGGCUCCCCGCCCGGAUCCCAGAGCUCUACUUCCAGCAGUAGCAGACACACUUGA